AUGCGACGGGGAUCACGGCCUGCGCGGGUGGCCUGGCUGUUGCUGAUGCUGAUGCUGCUCCUUUUGCUGGGAACAUCGGCGGUGGCUGCCGUGGAACACCGUUGCAUUCACGCCGACGACAGACUGCAGCGGAGCAUUCGUCGCGGUUUGCGGGCCUCCCCGCAGUUGUAUGGCGCUGGAGACACUACGGGGCAGACCCCGCACCUGCGCGAGGCGGCGCAGCGUGGAUGGAGGGAAAAUGGCGUCAUGGGGUUCGGUGGGGGGCCGCGUCUGAUUCGUGGCAGCAAGCGCCGCGACGCAAAUUUGCCUGCAAAGCAACGCGGUCGGCGGCUCAAGAAUUCCGGAAUUGACACGGGCAGUUGGAGGCCAAUUCGUCUCGUUGUGGACACCAGUAACCUUUGGAAUUCAACAAAGAUAUGCACAGCUGUGGGCGAGGUGCGACCGGACUUUAUGGGAUCCACCUACGUCUGCGCCUCCCACGACAUCAUGACGCGGGAAAAGUUGUGGGCUAUUGAAAACAUUGCGAUCCCCCUCGCGCUCUACCGCACACAGCGGCUCUUUAACGUUAAUCCUGUGCGUGGACCUCUGGUUGUCGCGGCGAACGCCUGCGGCCCUGAUGUGGCGAUUCCACCGGUCCACCUCACCACUGGUGUGGAGGAUGCCGACAUGGUGCUUUACGCCCAUGCUGGCGGGAUGGGUAAGUCUUCCACCUCCGGCAUUGUUGGGACCAUUGCGUGGGCGGGACACUGCAGUACGGAUCAAUUUGGUCGACCUGUGGUGGGCCACAUCAAUUUUGUUCCAUCCUUUAUUCAAGGCUUCGACUCAGGUUGGAAGUAUGACUAUUAUCUCCGGGUGGUGGUGCACGAACUUUUUCAUGCACUUGGGUAUACACCAGCAUUUUUGAACAAUAUGGUCAAUGCCAGCGAGCGAAGAGGCAAGUUUGUACUCCUCGUGACCGCUCCCGCUGUUGUUGCUGCAGCUAGGGUGCACCUGAAUUGCCCCACGCUGGAUGGCGUGGAGUUGGAGGACGAAGGGGGGGGUGGCGUCGCAGGGACGCACUGGGAGCGGCGACAAUGGAUGGAUGAACUCAUGGCGGGAGUCCCAACCCGCUCGUCUAUAUCUCAGCUCUCACUCGCCUUCUUCGCGUCCCUCGCCUUUUAUACGGUAAACAUGCAGUACAGUGAACCCAUGGGAUGGGCCCACGGAGCCGGUUGCGCUCUUGUUGAUCAAGCGUGCAGCACCGACACUCCGUUAAAGGGUCUGGAGUGGUGUAACGAGUCCACAGCAACACAAGCAUGCGUGUACGAUCGUACAUCCGUGGGGUACUGUGACGUGGGCGUCGUGAAGGGCGGCCUACCUCCCUAUUUUCGGUACUUUCCAAACAAUCCAUCAUUUGGUGGCCUGGCGCCGUUGACGGACCAUUGCCCUAUUGUGCUGGGUUACGGGAACCGUCAUUGCCGUGACCCUUCUCUGGCCAGCAAAGAUGAUAUGAUUUACGGCUUCUAUUACGGACCACAAAGUCGUUGUGUUCCUGCCCGCAACAUGGUGCACGUUGGAUACCAAACCAAAGAUGCUUCCCCGCGUUGUCUGCGGGUACGUUGCCGCUGGGGAACACAAGUGGAGAUUCUUGUGGGCAAUCUUUGGCUUUCGUGCCCUGCAGAUGGCAGCGCCGCAGUGCUUUCCAUUCCAUACUUUAGCGACUAUCGUGGAGAGGUCUACUGCGAGCGCGCAGAACUGGUUUGUUCACCGGAAAUAUUUUAUAUUCCUGAUACCUCCAAUGCCGAUCUGGGGCCUCUGCGGGAGUAUGCGUUGGACCUCGUUCUGGUUCUCAACUCAACGAUGGGCGGGAAGGAAACGAAGCCAUCAAAUGCGUUGGGUUGCAAAGCUGUUCAGGAGGAAGGAAGCUUCUUUGCUCUUUUGCAGCAGGACCUUGCCGUUCUUUGUUCUUGUGACUUUGGCGCCGGUGAAGUACGCGUAUUGCCGGAGCAGGCCUCUGUGGCCGUUGGGGGCGGCGCUGUUGCGCUCUACCUCCAGCUCGGCGUCAAGGCGGGACGCGGGCGAGCGCCUCUCGAGAGGCGGAGGGCCGCAUACGCGGCGGCCUUCGCGGUCGGCAGCGUCAUGGGGCACCUUGCGGCUGAUCUUAGCCUCGCGCUGGGGGGGACGGCGACCGUGACUCUGGCGGCGUCUGAGCUGCUAGCGGAGAGGAGUAUCUUGGACGGCCUCACCUCGCUCAGCAAGCUCGUUGACUUGGGCGAGGUCACGCUUCACUGCGAGGGCCACGUUGCUGGCAUUCCACCACUCUCCAAGGAAGGCGUCAGGGCGUCACUGGCGGAGGCCGCGAGAAGCGACAUUUCUCAGUUGAUGUACCUCACGCCCAACCUCAUUCAGGUAAAACACGUACGCGUUCUGGGGGCGGCGGGGCUGCAGCUAACCGCAACACUUGCCUUCCCACCCAUUGUAGAGGAUGCCGGCGGAAGGGAGAAUGUGCUGCUGUUUUGGUCGCAACUGCUGAACGAGUCUGUUGCGCGUUCUGCGCACCUUUCCGCACUCUCAUCGGCGCUUCGGGUGUUGUCUGGGGGCGCACCCGUGAGUCUCACGGAGAGCUGGCCGGCGGGUGCGCUCUCGUUGAGGUCUGCCACCGUGGAGCAGGCGCACCCCGAAUAUGCACCCACUGGAGACCCGCGCUGCCUUGUCCAGUUUUCGGAUUGCUUUGUGCUCCAAAUUGUGGUUUUGGUCGCUCUUGUUUUAUCGUAUUUGUGA